AUGUUGGCAAAGAUCUCUACCACAUGGAAACUGCUUUUAAAGCUGUUGGGCCCUGAAAUUCUAUUCAACAGUUUGAAAUCACUCCACAGCUUUUCUCAUUCACCCUCCCACUUGGGGCUAAUGCGCCAUGACCAUCUAUUGAGGAAAACCACAAAAAACUUCAAAACAGCUACAACGACUCUGCAAUCUACACUUCUCCUGUUCCUGUUUGUGCCUCUGAUAAAGCCAGCACCACCAUCUCAGCAGGAUUCACGCAUUAUCUAUGAUUAUGGAACAGAUAAUCUUGAAGAAACCUUUUUUAGCCAAGAUUAUGAGGAUAAAUACCUGGAUGGAAAAAGUACUAAGGAAAAAGAAACUAUGAUAAUAGUACCCGAUGAGAAAAGUUUUCAAUUACAGAAAGAUGAGAGUAUAACGCAAUUACCCCCCAAGAAAGAAAAUGAUGAAAUGCCCACAUGCCUGCUAUGUGUUUGUUUAAGUGGCUCUGUAUACUGUGAAGAAGUUGACAUUGAUGCUGUACCACCUUUGCCAAAGGAAUCAGCCUAUCUUUAUGCACGAUUCAACAAAAUUAAAAAGCUGACCGCCAAAGAUUUUGCGGACAUACCUAACUUAAGACGACUCGAUUUUACGGGAAAUUUGAUUGAAGACAUAGAAGAUGGUACUUUUUCAAAACUUUCUCUGUUAGAAGAACUUACACUAGCUGAAAAUCAACUACUGAAGCUUCCAGUUCUCCCUCCCAAGCUUACUUUAUUUAAUGCAAAAUAUAACAAAAUCAAGAGUAGAGGAAUCAAAGCAAAUACAUUCAAAAAAUUGAAUAACCUCUCCUUCCUCUACUUGGAUCACAAUGCUUUGGAAUCUGUGCCUCUUAAUUUACCAGAAAGUCUGCGUGUAAUUCAUCUUCAGUUUAACAACAUAACUUCAAUUACAGAUGAUACAUUCUGCAAGGCUAAUGACACCAGUUAUAUUCGGGACCGCAUUGAAGAGAUACGCUUGGAGGGCAACCCCAUCAUCCUGGGAAAACAUCCCAACAGUUUUAUCUGCUUAAAAAGAUUGCCUGUAGGGUCAUACAUUUAACCACCAUCAAUGCAGCAUAGCUAAAGUACACACAUACUUAUAAUCUGUCUCAACAAU